GUCCUUUGCUGUGACUGCCUACGGCGAGACCGACACACACGCAGAUACGCACCGAAAAUCUAGCGGCUCAGAUCCUGCUGGCUGCUGCUGCUGCCGCUGCUCUCAUUUCUAGCCUUGCCCUCCAGCAGCUGCAGCGCCACCGUGUUGAAGUGCAGCACAUCCUAACACACACACACACACACACCAUUGCACUACAGACUUGCACACAGCUCGUUGUUCUUUACUUACCCGUUCUUUGAUGAGCAGAGGCCGCAGAGUGUCCCGCAGCCUCAGCAGCAGGGGGCGGUGCGCCGAUGAGGUCACGAGCUGCCUCGUGUGCAGCUGCACGAGCAGCAGGGCCGUCUGGCUGAGACGCUCCACACACACAUAGCCUCCACCUGCACACACACACACACACACACACAUACAGACAGACAGACCGAGGGCCGCCCACCGACCCAUAAUAUCGAUGGCCUCGGCAAUGGCGGCAAUAAACUGCAUGAGCCUCAGGGCAUAGGAGAAGGGCAUCGACAAGAGCACCUCAUACAGCAGCGGGGCCGGCACCUGCUGCACCGCCCACAAGACGUGCUCGUGGGCCGUCCGCCCGGCCAGCUCGGGCUUGCUGCUGCUGCCGCCCAUUGUCUCGUCUCCUUGUUCUUGCUGCUGGUCGGUGACUGCUCUCAUCCAGACCAGAGCCCUGUCCUGGGUUCUCUUCCAAUUGCUCUAGACAGCCACACAGAGGCAGACAGCGGUGUGUUGGUAUCACCCACAUGUCCAGCCGGCCUUCGUUGGUGAUCUUGCCGAUGGCCUGUCUGUCUGCCGAGCAAGACACUCCAAUGCCGACGGCAGCGGCAGCCGGAUGACCCGCACGUCGUGGCAGAAGUACUUGCCGCCGAACUGGGCACCGAUGCCCAUGUUCUGACAUAUCUGACACAUACACACAUCACAGACAUAUGGAUGUCGAUGGAGGGCUGUCUCCUCUUCCCACUCCAGGUCUCUGAAUGCCCGACCGUGCUCAUUGCCAGAUCUAGAGGUGGCCAGACCGUCGAAAUACCUGAUAGACGCACAGACAAACAGACACAUGGACAAGUGAAAUGUGCGGAUAUAGAUCUGCCCAUACCUGCAGCUGGCCAUCUUGAAAGUCUAGAAUCUUGAGGGUCAUCUCGGCUGACAAACCGCCUGCACACCACUGACUGACUGGCUGGCUGGCUGGCUGGCUGGGCGGGCGGAGGCUGGCUCGUACAGUAUAUGUAUUCCAUCUGUACGAGCCAUACAUAGUACGGUUACACACAGACAGACACACGUGCGUACAUAUUUGUGUGCAGUAGGCACGCGAACGUUAACGCACACAUAGCAUAGCGGGCAAGUGUUUGUGUGCGCGGACUGACUGACUGAAUGUCCCCACCUCUCAUCCCUCCACAUCCCUCCCUCCCUCUCCGUGACACACGUGAUCGACUUUCGUCUUUCUUUUUGCUAGAGAGAGGGAUCGUAAUGCACGGAGCUUUGUGUCUGGGUUUCCA